GAUGGGAAACUCCUUACCGGAUGAACAAGAUUGGGAGGAGAUUGACGGGCAACAUGACAGCGAUGAUGGCUACGAGCAUGAAGAUGACGAUGUUCUUGGCGAUCUGACAUCGUUCUUACAUCCUCACACAUUCAGUACACCACUGUCAAGGAGCGCCUCAACUGAUGCCAGCUCUCAAAAACAUCGGCCAGGUCUCUCAGCUGGCGGCAUUUCUGCCUCGACGGGCACAUUUGUCUCUGCCAAGACCAACCAAUCCGACCGUGAGAAGCUUGAUGUAGCUUCAUACAGCACCAGUUAUUUCAGUGCGAGCCCUCUUUCUCAAGCCCUGAGUCGAGAGAUUUCUGUCAGACCAAGAUCAAAACCUCGCGAAUCUGUACGCGGACCAAUGAGUCUGGGCUCUUCAUCGGAUUACAUGAAGAUUCUGGAGCAGAACGGGCUUCUUCCCUCCAUAGAGACCGAGCUUAACUGGUCUGGUCGUAAACCUGGAUCAGGUCAACAUGUGGAGUUUCAGCCAUACGAAACAGUUCCCGUACAAAGUGAGGGGCUGAUCUUCUGCUCUGCUACUGCUCGGAUAGAUAAAAUCAGAUGCAGGCGAAUUCUACUUGCGCGGAAGUCGAUGGUCUGCCACAGGAAAAUGACGUUAACGGACGCAAUGAACGAGGUGAAACAUCUUAAUAAUCUGAGACAUGCUCAUAUCGUUCAGCUAGUGGGAAGUUAUAUACAAGCCAAGACGUUUGCGGUUCUCUUGUAUCCGGUGGCAGACAUGGACCUGAAGGAUUUUCUCCAGCAAAUUGAGAGUGUUCUUGUGCCCCGCUGCACCCUCGACUAUGCGAACUUCAUGGCCAUUGCUAGCCUGGGAAGAUUCUUCAAGUGUCUUGCAGCAGCACUUAGCUAUGUCCAUGGCCAGACCACCAAGCAUCUUGAUAUAAAACCGCGAAACGUCCUCAUCAAACGCAGUCGGGAUGUCAUGUUUGGCUACCAAGUCUAUCUGGCUGAUUUCGGCAUCUCUCGGUCGUUUGCCUCUACAGAUCACAGCCAAACCGACGCUUGGGUUGGAAGAACCGCUAGAUAUUGCGCACCUGAAGUUCAUUGGAAUGAGACGCAUGGUCGAGCAGCAGAUGUGUUCUCAUUGGGCUGUGUGUUUCUAGAGAUGCAAACGGUGUUGUGUCGUCGGCCCCUCGAUGACCUAUACGAACUUCUUGAUAUCGAACAUCCAGCAUCCACUUUCCAUGCGAACCUGCGCCACGUGUUCGGAUGGAUAAAAACUUUGGCAAGCCAUCGCGCAGUGUUUGUGACAGUAUCGGAGGAGGAUUUGCAACAGGAAGUGUUUGCCAGAUACCCAUUUGAGGGUUUGACAGAAGAUGGGCGACGUGGAUCCAUAUCACGUCGCCACGCAAGCUUGUGCACAUUGAUUCAUGCUAUGUUACAGGAGACCCCUUCUAGCCGCCCAAGAGUAACAGAUGUAUUGCGAUUGAUCGACAAAAACGACUGCUGUAAUCAAGGAAGAGAGCCUUUUCGUAGUGAGGCAGCUGCCAUCAUGGAGCCCAUCGACUCGGCGGCGGAGUUGAAUCGAUUGUUCCGAAAGACCCAUCAAACUUCGGCAGCCGAGAGAGAAGAUAUUCUCUAUCAUAUUAUAGAGAGUGGAGAUCAACCAUUGACCGAAAGCUUUUUAAGAUACUUCUCAGCACAUCGUCUAGAGCCUAGCGAACGCGUGAAGCUCAAGGGCCUCCAGGCUGCGUUUCUCAACAACGAUUUUACUCUGCUCAAGAUGUUGGUCGAAACCCUCGAUUGUAGAAACACUUUACACACUGUCUUGGUACAGAACCUUCCAUUCAUGGACGAGAAAACACUGGAGAAUCUAGUUCAAAGCUUCGAGGCCGAGAAUACUAUGGAAUCCGGCAUAGAAAAGCUACUUCCAUACGCCGUCAAAAUUCAUCGAACUCAACUUGUGACUUGCAUGAUUCGACAUGGAUUCCACACCCGUAGUAAAGACGGGUACGGACACGCUGCAUUAGAUGUUGCAAUUUUGAUUGGCAGCCAGGAGCUCGUACACCUACUUCUAGAACAUAAUAUCCGACUACGACAAGCCAUCAAUGAUCGAGCCAUGCUCUCGCAAGCAGUACUUAAGGAGCACUACAACCUGGCAACAUAUCUCCUAGUAACAGGGGCGGACCCCAUGAUUAGUAUUCAUAGAACGAUCCAACCAGGCCGCACAGUGCUCCAUGAUAUCGCAUCAAUGGCUGCCCCCGGCAAUGAUAGACUUUUACAUCUAGCAAGAUUGACCAUCAUGACUUGCGAUCAUCGAACCGAAAUAGCUUCCGUCGCGCAAAUCGGUGCAGGCAAAAAGAAGCCUGCAUCCCAUGGGACGCCUUUCCAGAUGCUUCCUUUCUUGUACAACAGACCCUGGUUUGACUUGUUAACGUAUCCGCCAAAUACUAUCGAAAAUGUAUGGGACGUGGAGACGUUGCGCAUGGGAGCAACAGCAGUGGAAGUGAUUUAUCUGAAUGCCUUUGCGGAUCGAUGGGAGAAGUAUAUGUCUAUCUUGACCUGGAACCUGACGAUCAGCAAUAUAGUGUGUCUGGAUACUGGGACUAGCCCGCACACUGCCGCCCGUCAAACCGACUAUGCCCAUCUCUUCAUUGUCCGGGAUACCAUUCAAAAUGUUCUCGUGAACAGUAACAAAGAGUUCAACAUCUAUUUGGAAGAAAACCCCUGGAAAUUCGAACAAAACUAUCCUUCACUGCUGGGGCUACAUGAAGAGGAUCCCCGUAUCAUUUACAAACCACCAUUGACACAAUUCGCACACAUCGACCGGCAUUCCAUCGUGAUCUCCCUCAGUCCUGCAUUCGCGGCUCGGCAAGCAUUUGCAGAUCUACUUCCUGGCUCGAGAGGGUAUCCAGUGGCCAUCAUUUGCGAAAGGGUGGAUAUGCAAGCACGCGUUUACCCAGUUCUGGAAUCUUCCAACGAUCCUAUCUCUAGACAAGUGCAAGCGUUCUUCCGCCGUUACACGGCGCAUGACUUAACGAGCCCCGAUAUCAGUCCUGAGGAUGAAGCGAUGCAUGCACUUAGCAAACUAACGCUUUAUUUGCGAUCAGACAUCCAUGCAACUGGAUUUGAAGAGAUGGCGAUUGAUAGAUACAUUGGGUAA